CGGCCGCCUCCUCCUCCUCCUCCUCCUCCAGCACUCGAGCAGCCACUGCCGGCCGGACGGGUGCCGCUCCCACCGCCUCCGUUCCGCCCGCUGCGCCGGAGCCCCGCGCCCUUGCCCGGCAUGUCGGCAGCCGUGGCGUGCGUGGAUUACUUUGCUGCCGACGUGCUCAUGGCCAUCUCCUCUGGUGCUGUGGUGCACCGCGGGCGGCCCGGUCCCGAGGGCGCGGGCCCCACUGCUGGCCUGGAUGUCCGCUCCGCGCGCCGUGAGGCCGCCCCGCCCGGGACCCCAGGGGCGCCGCCGCCGCCGCCCCCCGCCGUCUCUGGUACGGGGGCUGCUGCGCCCCACCUGCUGGCCGCCAGUAUCCUGGCCGACCUGCGCGGUGGGCCCGGUGCCGCCCCGGGGGGCGCCUCGCCCGCCUCGUCUUCCUCGGUCGCCUCGUCCCCGUCCUCGGGCCGCGCCCCCGGCGCCGCGCCUGCUGCCGCCGCCGCCAAGAGCCACCGCUGUCCUUUCCCAGGCUGCGCCAAAGCCUACUAUAAGUCUUCGCACCUAAAGUCGCACCUGCGGACGCACACAGGUGAACGCCCAUUUGCCUGUGACUGGCCAGGCUGUGACAAGAAGUUUGCACGCUCUGAUGAGCUGGCCCGCCACCACCGGACACACACUGGAGAGAAGCGCUUUCCUUGCCCGCUGUGUACCAAGCGGUUCACCCGAAGUGACCACCUGACCAAACAUGCCCGCCGACACCCUGGUUUCCGCCCGGAACUGCUCCGACGCCCAGGGGCUCGCAGCACCUCGCCCAGCGACUCGCUGCCCUGCAGCCUAGCUAGCAGUCCUGUGCCCAGCCCGGUGCCCAGCCCAGCUCCCGCAGGCCUGUAGGGCCCUGGUCUUCCUGCCUUGAGUGUGGCCCCCCUGCUAGGCUUCAGCAGGGACCACCAGCAAUGGGAGAACAUGUCUGCUCACAGGGCCCAUGGUGGGAACCAAUGGGGAGCCCUAGUCUCACCUCCACCAACCUCAAGAAAGCAAAGGGGUAGGGGGGGUCCUGAGACUGGACCUAAGUCCCACCCAGCCUGGGAGGUGGUCUGGGGCUGUCUGUAAAUAGCCAUGAUUCUUAACUCUUCCCAAGUCCUCUACAGGGAUCCAGGUGGGCACCGGGGACUCUCUCAUCCUGUCUUCCCCUCGGAGCGGGAGUGGGGAUGGGGCCUGAGGAUCUCCCCCACCCACUGUUUGUCCUCAGUCCCUUCCCUCCCGCCACUAACCCCUCUAGGGUGGGACAUAGUAUGCACAGAGCCAUAGAUGAACCCUGGUUCCCAUGGGCCCCUGCCCACUCCUACCCCACUGAAAGCCAUUGGAGAUGUUCAGGGAAAUGGGGGGUGUAGCCUAGGCACCCCCCACUUGGGUACUCAAUCUCAGGUGUCCACAGGCCUGCCCCCUUGGAGGCACCACCCAGCAUUCAGGACCCAGGCAUGGGAUGGGUUGGUUGGGUUUCCAGAGGGCUCUAGGCCCUACCUGGGAGAUUUGGACUGGAGGAUUAAAAGUCCUUCCAAAGAGCAUUUCCACUCAUUUUAGGGGCAGGGGAGUGUUUAUUUAUUUUCCUCCCUCUCUGCUGGUUGGGGGCUUUGCUCCCAUCUUUGGGUAUGUGUUUGUGUGAGACUGUGAGUGGCUGGCAUCAUGACCCAGCCUCUCAGUUCCUACCUGGGUAGGGCUCCUGAAUUUGGCCUUGGUGGUACUGCGUGAUAGACAAUCUUGAAGAGGACCCUGGUGGCCAUUGUAUUGGGCCAGACUGAAAGCCCUGCAGGUGAGCCCUAAGGUCCUGGAGGGCUGGCAGGUACCAUCCUGCCCCAGUCCUUCCCAGGCUUUUGUGGCAACAGGAAGGGGUGGACCUGGACCCCAGGACUGGUAAGGAGACUAUGCAGCCUCCUGGACAGCUCGUUUUUUUUGGACCGGAUAGAAUAUUUUUUCAGGCAUCAGUUUCUCCCUCUGGACCGGUGGGAGGUCCGUCAUCCUCAGGGGGUAUGAGUGUGGGGGAGGGUCUCCAAUCUGAACUAGGGGAGGGUGGGUAAUCUGUGGGGUCCUCUCCCAUGUCUUCCUGCUGUGGCUUGGGUUUCCUUUUGGACAUUGGGCCUGAGGACCUUCACCCUGUCUGAGACAGAACUAGGUCCUGUCAAACAAUGCACAGCCGCCGCGCCCCCCCCCCCCCCCCACACCCCCUUUUGGCUACAGGAGAUUUUUGGCAUUCCUAUUUGUCCCAGAACUUUGAUUUCCCAUUGGGGCUUUGGAUGGUGUCACCUUUCUGCCUGGGUCCAGCUCUAGCCAGGCUGGAUCCAGGGAUGGACACCUGGGGUCCUGGUCAGGGGGAGGCUGGGGAUACCCUUCUGGAGCUGGGCUCGGAGGGUCCACCCAGUUCAGCCUCUGCCCUGGGCUUCUCUUCCGGGGUGUCCUUCAGGGUUCCCUGAUCUUUCUGCCCACUAACUCUUCUCUGGCAGCGUUAGUGAGAUGCCUUAGUCUAUGGAGGGUGGGGGGCUGGGGCCCUGAUUUCUUUGUCUUUGAAUGUGUCUUGCUUGGUCCCAGCCUGGCUGGUGUGCCUGUCCUGAGGGGUGGGGAUGGGCGUGGGGUGGGGGGUUGGUGUUGGUAGGAUGUGGUCUGAGCAUCCAGGGAAGAAGAACCUCCAGGUAUCCCUGGCUCCUGUGCAGGGGCUGGGGAGCCGGGUCGGGGGGAAGCUGGAAAGACAGGAACUGAGGAUCACAGGGAACUGGUUCCAGCCACUUAGAGGUGGCCUCUGCAGGGUGUCUGGGGGGAGAAAGCUGUCUGUGGGUGGUGUGGCUCCCUCACCCUCCCUUGCCUCUCUCUUGUAUUUAAUUAAUUAAAAAAGACCAUUUUAUAAACCCUG